UUUUGUGUUCCUCAUGGAUGGAGUCUCGCUCAAAAGCGUCUUGACCCCACUUUUUUCGUGUGUACUCUUACCGACGUUAUGGGAGUUCACCAAUACGCCUGCUGUCUUCAGAUAUAUGAACCAUGGAUAAGUGGUCCUGGCGAAGACUGCAAUGAAGUUUUCCAUGGUUCUUGUUCGAUGUAUCAACCCCGAGUUUACACUUGUCUUCAUCGUAUCUUCCUUGCUAUUCAGUCUGAUGUAACAUCGGCAGAAAUGAUGAUUGCAACAGUUGUUAGCAAAAUUUUGCUGGUUGGCAGAACUCCUAUAAGUUUCACGCUGGGGGCCGAGCGGGUCUCUGUACAGCCAAUUCUUCAACGGCGGGUUCCGCUGACAGGAGAUCGUGUCACCCGAUUUGCUAAGUGUUUAGGUUGCAUUCAUAAUUUGCUAAUAGUGAUUAGAGCGGUUUUGUGCGAUGCAAAGAUAAUACUGCAUAGUUCAUCGCAACAACGCUUAUCUGAUUCAGCAUAUGCUAUUAAAUCCUUGAUAUUCCCGUUUGAGUAUACGUAUACCUUUGUAACGGCUCUGCCUGAGUUGCUACUUGAGUAUCUAGAGAGCCCCACACCCUACCUAAUGGGUGUGUUGUCACAGUUCAAGGGAAAGCUCCCAAAUGUAGAUGCUCUUGUAGUCGAUCUAGAUACCGGUGAGAUUCGUUUGCCAGAAAAUAGUCACCUCGCCGAACUCCCGCCACCAUUCAGUGGACGUUUGGUGACACGUCUACAAAGGGUACUUAGUCCUGAGUUGGCUACCGCUGAUCUAGCCAUUCCGGCUGCUUUACCUCCACCUAUAGACCCUCAUCUGAUGGACAAAGACAUCCGCGCAUGUUUUAUGUUAUUCUUUUCUGAACUGCUCUACGGUUACCGCUCGUGCCUUGAACUUGUGCGACUCCAUCGCCAUCCUCUUAUUGUGUUCCAUAAGACCGCCUUCAUGGGUAUGAGGAACCUGAAGUCUUCUCUCUUUCACGAUCUUCUUGGAAGCCAAAUGUUCCAGGUUUUUGUCGCUACGCGAGGCUUGCCGUUUCGAGAGUGUGAUAUUUUUGACGAGUUAAGCUUCAAAUAA